AUGGCCGACAAGGACGUUUCCGUCGCGACUCCGAGUCUCGUCCUCUCGCCGCAGACAACGGAACAGUCGGUCGACGAUGAGCCGACCCUGUGGAAAUCCAUCAGGAAAUGGCCCAAGGUUCUGGGAUAUUCCUUUGGGUUGACGGCAGCCAUCUUGCUCUACGGAUUCGACACGUCGAUAGUGGGCAACGUGUCGGCCAUCCCAGCGUUUCAGGAAGACUAUGGCCGCGAAUUGAAUAACCGCCACAUCAUCCCAUCAAUGUGGAUGGGGCUUUGGAAUGCUGUCAGUCCGAUUGGAAUUAUGAUCGGAAGCAUUAUCGCUGGCUGGCUUCAGGACCGUGUCGGCCGGCGUCCGACACUCGCUCUGGGAAGUCUCUUGUCAGCCGUGGGAGUGGCCCUCAUAUAUUGCUCGCAUUUCCUCGGCGCACUGGACUCACGGAGGGGGACCUUUCUUGCAGCCAAGCUCAUUAUGGGGUUGGCUAUCGGAUCACUCCUGUGUACCACCCAGACCUACCUCUCUGAGAUCCUGCCUCCAAAGCUGAGGGCGUCAGUCAUGGCCUUCUUCCCGGUCUUCACGCUCCUCGGUCAACUGAUUGGAGCAGUCGUCGUCUAUACUUCCUUGAAGUACCCGGGUGAUCGGCCUUACACCACCCCGAUGGUGGCGCAGUGGGCGUUUUCUGCUGUCCCUUUCGUCAUGGCUCUGCUGGUGCCAGAGAGUCCGACUUAUCUGCUCCGAAAGAGGAAAUAUGACAAGGCAUUUAAAGCUCAACAACGCCUUGAUACUUCGAGGACAGACACCCAGAAUAACAUUGAUGCCCUGUUGUUCUCGUUGCAGAAAGAGGAAGAACGCGCCAGACACGAUCGGGCGACGUAUAGGGAAUGCUUCCAAGGCACAAACAGACGUCGUACGCUGAUUGUGAUCUUCGCAAACACGCUCCCUCAGCUUUUUGGACUUUCCUUGCUCGCUGAUGCCAGCUAUUUCAUCCAGGUCGUUGGCAUGAGUGCAGACAAUGCUCUUCUAUUCCUUCAACUGGGCGUUGGGCUUGGACUACUCGCCAAUAUUGUCAGCAUGUGGGUUGUGACAAAGGUUGGGCGGCGAGUCCUUGGCAUGAUGACGUUGAUUGGUAGCACGGUCCUCUGGCUGGGCAUGGGGAUCGCGGGCUGCUUUGAUGGCAUCGUUGUGAUCUGGUACUCCGCGGUUACCAUGAUGGUAGUUAUCGUGGUCGUAGGGAUUGGAAUAUGGCCGGUCUCGUACGUUGUCGGCGCCGAAACAUCGGCUCUUCGACUUCGUGCAAAGACCCAGGGCAUCGGGUGGUUUUCGGGAGCUCUAGCACAGGGAGCCUUCGGUAUCAGUCUCCCCUAUGCGUACAAUGUCGACCAGGGAGACCUCAGGGCCAAGGCGGGAUUUCUCAUUGCAGGCUUCUCUGCCAUCGCUUUGCUGCUGACUUGGCUCUUCGUUCCCGAAAUGAAGGAACGCACUCCAGCAGAGAUUGAUAUCAUGUUCGAGCAUGGUUUACCCGCCAGGAAAUUCAAAGACUGGAGAUGCACAAUUGCCGAAGUUGUUGCGAAUGAUUCCUUCGGGUCCGAGGCACAUCUGGCAUAG